AUGCCGGAAGGAUCGCACGACCGAAGCCUCUUGCGCCGGGUGAUUGAGGCCGCCCUCUUCCGCGAGGAUAACCACUACCCACCUAUGGCUGCACACGCGGCCGCUGCCGCUGAGCGCAACGGUAUUCCAGACCUGGAAGCAGCAAAGCGCUUCACCCUUCCGGUGAAUGAUCCGGAUCACCUCAUUCCGCCAAACGACAAGCUCUUGAUCUUUCGCGCACUGACCGGCAUCGACAGUGUGCCUGCUCUUACCUCGGGCGGCCAUCUGCUUCGUACCGCUCCCAACGUCGGUAUCUACACGCGUGUGGUAAACAAUGAGACCAAGUCUGCGCGGGCCUUCCGUCUCUUCAACUGGAUGAUCAACAUAUGUCUCGGCAUCCAAAUUAUCGUUGCGGCUGCAGUGACUGCCGUCGGAGCAGCCAGUGGCCCACACUCCGCCGUCACAGCCUUCGGUGCCAUCAACACGAUCAUGGCCGGUAUCCUGACCUACCUCCGUGGCUCCGGACUUCCAGACCGUCUGAAGGCCUACCAAAACAAGUGGAAGAAUAUCCGAGAGUACAUCGAGCAACGCGAACGAGAAUUUUGUUUGGUUGGCUGUGAUCUCGACGUGCAAGAAGAGGUCUUCAUUGUGGAGAGCAUGUACCAGAGUGUCAAAUCGGAAAUGGAAACAACCAAGAGCACAGGCGAUGCCAGGUCUCAGCAACCCGAUGAUCCACGUAUCCGUCGUUCUCUCCUUCCUUCGUCACACCAACUUAGUGGACAGCGAGCUGCUAUGACCCCGUCUAAACGAGCAGAUGUCGUGUGUUCUCAUCCCUCUCAUGAUGAUGAACCUGUCAGUCCGGUCACUAUUCCCGAGAAGACGGCGGAGAAGGUCUAG